GCAGAAAAUCCCCAGACUUGUAACUAAUGAGAUACCAAAGCUCAAACACUUUUGCUUCGCUUAUAAUUCAAGCACACAAAACACUCUUGCCAUUUUCUUAUCAAUCAACCCUGAAAUAUAACACCAAGAAAAGAAAAAGACUGUAAGCGUGAGAGGAGAAAAAAUCAAACUUGGCAGUUGGCACACUGAGCUGCUUAGUAUUUCUUUGAUCAAAUUUUGUGAUAAAAGGUAGUUAAUUAACUGCCUACUUCAGUUUCCAUGUGAAAAAAGCAAUAUCGUUUCCCUCCAGAGUUCGUGUUUGCUGCCCUUACCCUCUGGUUGCGAUUCGCAAGGAUACAAAGGACAAAAGGGUUUUGUUUUGCUACGUUUGAGUAAUCCCCAGGGGCAAAGGGUGGCCUCACGCUUUUCCCUUUUCUGGGUUCCCUAAGCAGAGAGUAGAGUGUAGUAUAGUUUUUUGGGUUCUUUUGGCAAGCAGAUAGAUCUACCAUAGCUCCUUUCUGGAAGAGAUAGAUAAUGGAGCGUCCCAAAGGUUUCUUCUCCACACUCUGGUCAUUCGUAAUCUUUCUCCCUAUCUUCAUUGGGCUGCUCAUUCUGGGUAUCAUCAAGGGUGUCAUUUUGUGCCCAGUGAUCCUCAUUUUCAUGCUGAUUGGAAACUUUGGUAUCAUAUUGAGUCUCUGGCCCUUUCAUUUCUACUGGACAUACUAUUCCAUUUUGAGAUCUAGACAACUGGGACCAUUUGUGAAGCUUCUUCUUUGCAUUUGCUUACCGACUGUCUUAAUUCUAUUGCCGGUGGUCGGCUUUGCUGGAAGCAUUGUCGGUGGAGCAUUAUAUGGCUUACUCUCACCAAUAUUUGCCACUUUUGAUGCUAUUGGAGAAGGGAAGAGUGAUAAGUUAUAUCAUUGUUUCGUUGAUGGAACUAUAGACACCGUGAGUGGCUGUUUCACUAUUAUAAGAGACUUUGGUGAUGUGUGCUAUCAUUCUUAUUCCUCACUCAUGGAUGAUCUUCAAAAGAAAGGGCCUGAAGAUGGAAAGUACUAUGAGAUCAGACUGCUUCAGUUUCCUGGUGCUCUAAUUGUUGGUGUGCUCGGUGUCUUGCUCGACUUCCCCAUGGUCUCUUUCAUAGCCUUAUGCAAGAGCCCGUAUAUGUUGUUUAAGGGAUGGCAUCGUCUGUUUCAUGACCUCGUUGGUAGAGAAGGCCCUUUCUUGGAAACAAUAUGUGUUCCAUUUGCAGGUCUUGCUAUUUUACUCUGGCCGCUGGCUGUUGCUGGGGCUGUCUUCGGAUCCAUGGUGUCGAGCAUCUUUCUCGGUGCUUAUGCUGCUGUGAUUGUUUAUCAGGAGUCCUUUUGCUAUGGACUUCGAUAUGUUGCAGCAUCAUUGGCCAUCUAUGAUGAGUACAGUAAUGACAUUCUUGACUUGCCGGAAGGAUCUUGCUUUCCCAGGCCGCAGUACAGAAAGAAAUCCGAGGGCACUUCACGCUCAGGCUCAUUUACGAGGCCUGCUUCAUCGUUCAAGAAAUCUUUCUCACGCACCAUUUCUAUCACUGGCCCUCUGGUUGAUGUGAAGCCAUUUGAGCUCCUCGAGAGCUGGUUUCAGGAUUGCCAGGUCCAUGGUGAGAAAUUUUUAUCUGAAGGACUUAUUACUCAGGAAGAUGUCGAAGAUGCCAAGUCUGGUAAAGGAAGCCGAGUAAUUAGCACUGGGUUGCCAACUUUCUGCCUUCUGCAAGCUUUGUUGAGAUCUGCCAAGGCCAACUGUGCAGGCAUUUUGUUGAGUGAUAAUGUGACUGAGAUAACAAGCACAAAUAGGCCGAGAGAUGCUUUCUUCGACUGGUUUCUUAACCCAUUCUUGGUCAUCAAAGACCAGCUUAAAGCCCAGAACCUGUCCGAGUCAGAAGAGGAUUACCUCUGCAAGUUAGUGCUGUUGAAUGGUGAUCCUGUCAAGUUGAACACUUCAUAUAUCGGGCAACCACCUGAGACCGAGAGAAAGCGAGCUGAACUCGAUGCACUAGCUAGAAGGCUACAAGGUAUUGUGAAAUCGAUCUCAAGGUUCCCAACCGUUAGGAGGAACUUCCAGAACCUUGUCAAUAACCUAUCAGAGCAUCUUGCAAGGAAGAAUGGCAAUGGUCGAAGGAAAUUUGCUCGAUCAAAGAGUGCAUUCGCCAGGAUCUUCAGCCAGAGAUCUGUUGUCAAUGGGAAGCCAAGCUUCAGUCACAGGUUUAGGUACAAGAAGGACUCGGUGAUGGAGGUGAGCAUGGAGGACUACAAGAACUGCAAUUCGAGCCAUCCCAGUUACUUCUCCAACACGGGGGACACGGUGUACGAGCUCGACCACUCGGGGCCUUACUACUUCAUCAGCGGUGUCUCUGGCCACUGUGGGAAAGGGCAGAGGAUGAUCAUCAAGGUGCUCACUACUGAUCAAGAUGCUGGCAAAGGCAAUGGCAAUGGCAAUGGAACUGCCCCUCCUUCGAGUGGCGGUGAAGCGGAUGGUCAUCACAAGUCUGGAUCAGCUGUAACUCUGCCUCUUGGUGGAGUUUCUUCAUCUAUUGUGGCAUUUGGUCUGGCUGGCCUUGCUGCUGCUUCCAUGUUCUAGUUAGUUUUAGAGGGGUUCUGGUUAUUUUUUGUUUUGUUAUGUUCUGUUGAUUAGUUUGGAGUUGUUUUUAGGUUUUAGGACAAGAGUCUCUGUUGAACUCUUUCUCGCAUUUGUGUUCGUGAGAGGGAAUAUGUCCUUUGUGAUUGAACCCCUUUGGAUUUCAUGUUUCUGUUUAGUGUGUUAUGAUCAUUUGGAUAUUAUGGUAU